UAGUUGGUAAGUUGGUUGAACCCAGUCGCUGGUCGCCAUUUUAGCUCAUUCCAUUCCAUUCUCCGUUCUUUUCCGGUCGGCACCAGUGCGUGGUUGUGUCUUACUAAUUUUAGCUGAAACAUAAUCUUUCUCCAUCUUCCAUAAUGAGAAUCUACAAAGACAUUUUUUCCGGAGAUGAGCUGUUCUCAGACUCAUUCAAAAUGAAGUUGAUUGAUGAUGUCCUUUACGAAGUAUACGGCAAGUUAAUUGUAAGAUCACAAGGCGAUAUUCAAAUAGAGGGUUUCAAUCCAUCAGCUGAAGAAGCUUCAGAAGGAACUGAAGAAGCAUGCGAAUCUGGAGUUGAUAUUGUACUGAAUCACAGAUUGGUUGAAUCAUAUGCCUUCCCUGACAAAAAAUCAUUUACUCUUUAUCUUAAAGAUUACAUGAAGAGGCUCGUUGAGAAACUUCAAGAGUCAGCACCAGAUCAAAUCGACUCCUUUAAAACAAACAUCAACAAAGUCAUGAAGGACAUUCUUGGCCGAUUUAAAGAUUUACAAUUUUUCACUGGUGAAUCCAUGGACUGCGAGGGUACUAUUGGUAUUAUGGAAUAUCGUGAUAUCGAUGGUGUAUCGACUCCAGUACUCAUGUUUAUCAAACAAGGUCUUGUAGAAGAGAAAUUCUAAAUAAUUAUUAGAUAAUCGAAUAAUUAUAAUAUAUAAUUUUAUAAAUUGGAACGAGAACUGCAAACAUGCUGCCGACAUAAAAUUAAAAUUUCAAAUAAAUCUUAAUGGCUAAAUUGCUUAUCCCCCGAUUAACUUAAUUUGUCAAUCCUUCAUCACGUGUAAUUAUUAUAUCCUUAAUUAUUAUUUAAAUUAAAUACUUUUUUCCAUGAGAUUAAAAGUCGAAAAUAAUAAUCAUAAGUAAUGAUAAUUUUUAAUUAAAAAAUUAGAAAAAAAAUUAUUGUAAAAAAAUGGAAGAUGGGGAAAGAAAUAAUUCGAUUUAUUCCUAUCAAUACUUUCUCAGCUUUUAUGAUUUUUAUUAAAUUAUUAUUAUAAUUAUUUUUAUUGUUUAUAAUUAUUUACGUAUUGACUGAGAAAGUUAAUUUUUUUUUUCAAUUAAUAAAAAUAAUUAAUUAACGUU